CGCGCCGGCAGCGCUCCUCGGCCCUGCUUCCCGCUGGCCCCCUGCCCGCAGCGGGGGAGGCGGCCGCGCGCGGGGCUCUGCCACGGGAAGGUGUGUCCCGCCCUAGGCGCGGCUCCCUCGCAGGUACUAAUCGCCGCCCUGCCCCGCCGCCUUUCCGCACUUGCUGCCCCGCUCCCCCCGCGAGCCGCAGGUCCGGGCGCUCGGCGCGGCGCGCCCCAGCCGCCGCGGGGGGCUGCCCGCAGCCGGCAUGUACGGGGGGCAGCAGCAGCUGCAGCCCGUCACGCUGCCACCGCACCUGCAGCAGCAGAAGCAGCAGCACUACUACCGGCGCCAGCAGCACUACAGCACGCUCCCCGCCAGCCGGCGGCCCGCCUGCUGCCCCGAGCCGUUGCCGCGGCCUCUGCCGUGCCCGGAGCCGCUGCCGCGGCCCGCGCCGUGCCGCGAGCCGCCGCCGUGCCCGGAGCCGCUGCCCCGGCCCCUGCCCUGCUUCGAGCCGGCGUCCCACCAGCACCAGGAAAGCAGUGUGGCGUACGACCGGGUGAGGACCUACGGCCCCGGGUGCCGGCGGGUGAGCACCUCCUGCUCCUCCCGCGCCGGCUCGCCGCUGGAGAGCUCGCACGGCUACCAGCAAGUUAUCUCCGGCUGCGACCCGCCGCAACAGGGCACUGUUCGGAGGAUUAUUAUAGAGAAUCCUGAACAGGAGCCAUUAUCCCCAUUUUUUAGAGGGGGGAAUUUCUAUCCUGGAAAUAAUGUCAUCUAUGAAAAGACAAUAAGAAAAUACGAGCUAUUAAAUCCCCACCAAGAGAAGCAAUAUCAGUUUUCACACCAAAAUCAAAUUCCACAGCAAUCAGACCAAUGUCAGGUUAUCCAGCCCUGCCAGCAGUCUGACCAGUCUGAGGUCACUCAUCAGUGCCAGCAAACACAGACCAGUAGCCCCUGUGAAAUAAUCCCAGUCUCUGUGAGUGAUGACUGCAGAGGAAAUACAGUGAGGAGGGUAACAGUUCAGACAUGUGAACCGGUGAGUUGCCCUCAGGAAAAUAAUGACCAGCUGGACUGCCGCUACUUUGGUGAGCUGCUUGCUGAACUGAACCGCAAGAGCAAUGACUUGCACAGUUGUUUACUACAGCAUGUGGAAAAGAUAGGAGGAAGGAACCAUGACAUUGAACUUAUCAGUCAGACUGAAGAUGUUGAAGAUUUAAUUCCCAAAGGACUGUCUGAGGCAACAAAACAGCAGAUUCGUUAUCUCCUCCAGAUGAGAGUGACAUCAGAUAAAUCAUUGAGGCUUGUGCUUUCCACUUUCAAAAAUUUACGUGAAGAGCUUUGCCAUUUACAGGAUGACUUGGGGAAAUUAGAAACCGACAAUGUCUGUCUUAAGAAGGAUUUGUCUUUUAAAGAUUCUCAAGUUAAAGAGUAUGAAAGUAUGCUGACUUCCUUGAGAGAAAAUAAUCGUCAGCAGCAGCAAGGACUCAGAGAGAGUACUGCAAAAUGUCGCUCUCUGGAAGAACAGCUCCUUUCUCUUCGGCUCAGUGAGGGAGAAAAGGAUUGUCGGUUAAAAGAACUGGAGUACUGCAAGCGUGCCUUGGAGCAAGAGAUCCAGAACUUGAGACUACAGACCUGUUCUAAUCCAACACUUCAGACCACCACAGAUGAACUCUCUAGCCGUUACGUAGAGAUGAUGAACAACUUGAGAGAGGAUAAAGAUCGUGAAAUCCGCAGUCUUAGGUCUCAGUUAUCACAAUUCCAGCAAGAUAUAUCAAAGAGAGAAGGAAGUAACAGUGACUUGCAAAUAAGGUUGCAUGAACUAACAUCAAUGCUAGAGGAGAAAGAUGCUUUUAUUAAGCAACAACAAGAGGACCUCUUCAAAUUGAAGCAAGACAAGUUAUCAUGCAGUCAGUCCCCUGGUGUAACAGCCACCAUCACUAAGAAGUACAGGAAUCAGUAUCCAAUUUUAGGUCUCUUGUCUGAUAACUACAAGGUUACAUCACCGGUCAAUAGAUCACAAACUAUUGUAAUUGAGAGGACUGGAGAAAUAUGGAAACACGAUUGAAACAAAUCCCUUAGCCAGAGUUGCUUAAAGGAGUUCACACCAAAUAGCUAAAAUUGCUUUACUUUCUGCUAUUUUGCAUCAGUAAAAGGUUCAGUCUGACUCUAAGAGAAAGUGGGGAAUGCAUUAAGGACAUGGAAAUGGGAAAGAUGACUAAGGAAAACACUGUCUUGCCCUCAUCAUAAAGAAACAAGUUCCCUGUGUUCUCCAUAAUCUGCUGAUAACAUCAACUAUAUGUUAUACUUUCCAUACACUUAACUUCUUUUCUCUCAGCAGAGAGCAAUAUUACCAUUCUUCUGUAGACUUCAGUUUUUCCUGACAGUCACUACUUGACUAACUUCACUUCUUCUGUUGGUCUUGCAGCAUUCUAAGAGAGAAAAGAGAAAAUAAUCUGAUACCUCUUUUGGAGGACUCUUGUCAUGUUUUUCUGUCCUAUCUACUCAUGCAGAGUAGGUGAGAAUGAUAUAAAUUUAAGCUAUGUACAUAUGGAGUGGCUGGUUUCAAUACAAAGAGAUUCACACAGAUUGUCAUUUUAUCUACUACUGCCUAUUCAAGAUGAAGCAAAAGCCAAAAACAACCUUCAGGGGAGCUUUAACACUAAAGGGCACCUCACUGAAAAACGCUUAACUACUUGUAGGCAGAUCUAUGUUAAAACACUAAGGAAAAUUACUUAACUUGCUCUAUAACCACAACGACUUCUUCAGCUCAAACUUAGUUAUUCAAUUAGCAAAUACCGCACUUACCUAUAGUUACAUAAAAUGACUGGGCCAAUUUUAAGGAAUGUGUUUGAGAUCAGAGUUAGUUAUGUUUUCAGCUGAACCUCUUAUAAACCCCCAAACCAGCCACAGCUAUUUAUUUUACAGUGGCUGUGCUUGAGGAUUUCAAGAACUUCUUUUUUUUUUUACAUAGGGAAACAUCUUAGUAUGAAAAUAGCUCUUGGACUAAAUUUUACUAUCAGAGCAACCUUCCAUUUACAAUUUUUGCUCCAGGCAGGACUACAGAAGUUGUCUCAACUGAUUUGGUAUGAGUAAUUAAAUAGUAAUGAAUAACUAACAAACAUAGCGCAUUUAGGGGAGAGGGGAAAGUACUAAGAAAAGAAUCAUAGGGGAAUAUUAAAACUACGCAAUCAAAAGGUGCUAGCUCUGUAUUACAGGGUUCUUGCUUUGCUGUAUUUCUGCAGGCUUAUGUAUUUCUAUUCACAUAGAAUGUAUCUUAUAGACAAUGUUUAAUGGUGAAAGAACCCUGUAGGCUAUGUGUAACUAUGAAAUAAACAUUAAGUGUAACUUUC